GGGGCAUUUGUAAAUGUUAGGUCACAGAAGUGUUUCCUUUAAAAAAAUAAAUAAUUUCUUUCACUCAUUAAAACACUAAAUAAUUCUAGAAGCUGUCAGCGCCUCUUAGUAAAUGCACCGGGUCAUUUAACAAAGCUAUGAUUUCACUUUGAGAACUUCUCACAUUCUCACACUAUUGAAAGAUGUUAGACCUCUGUGGUUCACGGCUGACGUGACAUAUAAUUUCCUUCAAAACAACAACCCACUUCCUCUUCGCAGAAAUAUUUAUUGGCAGGUGGUGAACUGUCUGUCUUUUUCUCUGGCUUAUGGUCAUCAUGUUUCAUCCAAACCAAGCAGCUCUGCUCUCAUUAUUAUUUAUGCACGGGGUCUUUGCAGCAGAUCACGAAAGCAACCACACGGAUGAAGAGGUGUCCAGGGGAGGCUCUGUCAUUUUUACUUGCAACACAUCAAGAGAGACUACAAAACAAAUCAACUGGAGCAAAGGCAGAUUUUUUUUUUCUCAUUCUAUGGAAGUAAAUAAGACUGCUUCAAAUUUAACCUCUGACAGACUGACAAUAGAUCUAUCUUCAAAGCUGAUUAUUUCUAAAGCUCAGGAAGAUGAUGAAGGACUAUAUACAUGUCUUUUAACUGAAACUAAAGGGAAAAAGAUUUAUCAGUGGAAUUUAACCGUGUCUGACAAACCUGAAGAGGAGAAGUCAUCGGGGUAUUUUCUAUACAUACUCACAGCUGGAAUCGGAGUGGUACUGUGUUGCAUCAUUUCAGCCACAUGCCUCUGUAGGGAAAGCAAGAGCUGGGCCUCAAACCAGGAUUUAACCUGCAGCAGAACCCUGAUCUAUGCCGUGGUUCAAGUCCCGUUUGGAGGAGGAGCGGUGCCUCUGAAUCUGCCCCAAAGCUGCGUGGAAUACAAGAUGAUGAACACUUGAAGGGACUCGACUUCAAUAUUUUGCAUUGAGUUCAGAUUAAAACUGAGUAAAAACCAGAGAGCUGCUCGAAUGGAAUAAUGACAGAACACAUUUUUAUGAUAUGCAUAUAUAUAUAUAAUUUAUAUUUAAAAAAAAAACAUUUCAGCAGGAAAAUUGAUGCCUUCAGUUUUCACCUCUUAAAGGGAACACAUUUGCAACCCUACUUCUUUGAAAUCAGAGCAUUUUUUUGGUAUGCCUUUGUCUUUUAUUAGAGGGCCCUGUAGCAGGAAUGUAAUUUCUAAAUCCCGUCAUAUCAUUUUAUUAUCUAAUUAGAUUUUUUUUUUACAUCGCUGUACUCUAUUUUUUCAGAAUUAUGAACUCUUUUUAAAUGUUUUCUUCUAUUUUAUUGUGGUUCUUGUGGCUAACACUUUUGCACCAAUACACCAAGACAAAUUCCUUGUAUGUGUAAAUAUACUUGGAAAUAAAAAACAGAUUCUGAUUCUAUUGCCCUUUAAAUUUGAUAAAAAGAACUUUUGAUCGACUUGUUUUUUAAAUGUAUGUAUUGGUAUGACAAUAAUAAUAAUAAUAAUA